GUAGUAUCGACAUAAUCCAUUUACAAUAUAUUACGCAUUAGGACACGCUAUCAAAACACUUAAGGCGAAACAGAAAGAGGAAGAUCUUUAUUUCGACAGAACAUGUUAAUUGGAAUAAAACGGAAUGUUUAGCGCGAUUUCUUGUUGCUGGGAUUGAUUUUGGAACAUCAUACUCCGGAUGGUCCUAUUCGUUUAAACACGAGUUUGAACUUGACCCAACAAAAGUCGCCACGAAGAAUUGGCAAGGGGAACAACUUGUUUCUUCUAAAGCACCAACAUGUGUCUUAAUUGAACCCGACGGGAAGACGUUCUCUGCAUUUGGAUACGAUGCUGAAACAAAGUAUUCGGAAUUAGCAGGAAACCCCACAGAAUGUCAAAAAUGGUAUUUUUUCAAGAGAUUCAAGAUGAAAUUAUACAACAAGCAAAUCAAGAGAAAUGGAAAUUGAAGACGAAACCGGUAAAAAGGGAAAGGCACAUACAGUUUUCGCUAUUGCUAUACGUUACCUGAAAGAUGACCUUUCAAGCAUUAUCAAUGAUCGCAUCUCAGGGGUUUUCAAGCCUGAUGAAAUCGUCUGGGUUUUAACAGUACCGGCAAUUUGGGAUGAUGGCGCUAAGCAGUUUAUGAGAGAAGCGGCAGAGGAGGCUGGGAUUCCAUCAGACAAGCUGACCAUUGUGCUUGAGCCGGAGUCUGCGUCCAUUUAUUGUCGGCAUUUGCCAUUAGAAAGAAGUGGUGGAGAGCAUGCGUUGUCCACAUUUAAAAGUAGAAGCAGGAUCUUAGUUGUCGAUGCAGGAGGCGGCACUGUUGAUAUAGCUGUACAAGAGGUAACUUUUAAUGGGGCUAUGAAAAACAUCUACAAAGCCAGUGGUGGUGAUUGGGGAGGAACGAAAGUGGACGAUGCAUAUACAAAAUUUCUAGCUGAUGUUGUUGGAAGUGAGACAUUGCUGGAGUACAGAAGAACACACAUGGAAGACUACCUAUUUUGAUAAGGGAUUUCGAGGUGAAAAAAAGAGCUGUCAACCCAUUAAAGAGCGAUAAUGUCGUGACGUUCAGAAUCUCUGUAACCUUUCUAGAAAUUAUGCAGAAAAUUACGGGCAAGACUUUAAAGGAUCUUCUAAAAGGUUUAACACAUUCAAACCAGGUAUCCUUAUCUGGUGACAAAUUAAAGUUCGAAAUUGGGUUCAUAGUGACAUUUUUCAAGCCACAGAUAGACGCCAUCGUUAAUCAAGUCACCCGAUUGGUAGAGCGGCAAAAUGAUAGUGGGAUCGAAGCCAUUGUUUUAGUUGGAGGAUUUUCGAAGUGUCCUUUACUCCAGCAAGCUAUAAAGUCAAACUUUUUAAAACAAAAAAUCAUCGUUCCAAACGAUGGUGAUCUUGCUGUCCUGAAAGGCCCCGUAAUAUUUGGACACAAACCAGAGUUGAUAUCCCAGCGAGUGAGCAAGUACACAUAUGGUGUAAAAGUAAUGUUCCCUUUUAUUGAAAAUGUUCACAAAGAAUCUUACAAAGUAAUAGGUGAAGAUGGAAAGGCUCGAUGCAAAAACACGUUUAGCAAACACAUUACAUCUGGAGAGUGCCUCGACGUUGGUGAAGCACAGGUUAGACAAGUAUACACACCAACGACUUCAAGGCAAACAGAUUUACCCUUUGGUGUGUAUUACACUCAUGAUAAAAAUCCAAUGUACACGACAGACGACGGAUGCCACUGUGCUGGCACACUUACCGUUCCCAUUGAAGAAAGUGGUUAUGAUCGAGAUGUCGAGGUGAGGAUGAUUUACGGAGGUACGGAGAUAGAAGUUGAGACCACUGAGGUUGCCACGGGGAAAGUGCAUCGCAUUAAAGUUGAUUUUUUGAGCUAAACUUUUAGAAAAAGUUCUUAUCAUUUGGUAUUUUAAAAUAUCCUUUAAACUGGAACUCUAACAUUUUUUUGUGUAUUUUAAUCUUAAUAUUUUUCAUUUAAAAGAUGUUCGAGAAGAAAGAAAUGGUCAUUUUUAGAUGUGUUUUUUAUCCAAUCGGAUUUAUUUGACAAUAAACGUGUGAAGGACAUGUCAUAGACCAUGCGACGGCUUUAUAAAGAUCGUUUGCGAUGACUUUAUAAAGAUCGUUUGCGAUGACUUUAUAAAGAUCGUUUGCGAUGACUUUAUAAAGAUCGUUUGCGAUGACUUUAUAAAGAUCGUUUGCGACGGCUUUAUAAAGAUCGUUUGCGAUGACUUUAAAUGACGUCACAAUAACGCGGAAAAAGAUCAACCACUUGAAAUCACUUUAAAACGUAAAUUUGAAACACUUCUUGUACCAAUAUAUUUAAGUUAUAAUAAACUUACACUUUUAAAAAUGUUGACCUGCAGACACAAUACAACCAAUAACAAGAUCAAUAGCAUUCAUGUAUAUUGUUAUGCAAUAAUUACGAUCCGAACAUAUCCGAAGAUGUUGCGUUCAUCGAUUGAUGGACGCAAUUGCCGAAAGGCAGUUCAUUUAAGGAAUGGAAGUUGAGGUGUAAAUAUUGGUGGGUGACUUGAAUAUUGUUCUUUGUAGAUACUCUCAACUUCAAUAAACAAUGUUCGAAGCGGAUCUGCUUUACAAAUAUAUAAAUUAUAUAGGGGCUUAUAUGUGUACAUGUACGUUGCAUUAUUUCGAAUGAUGUGUGUUAAUACAUUUAUUUAUACAUUUAUUUCGAAAAUAUUCUUUAUGCACAUAUCAGUGUAUCGAUUUAAAUCUUAUUUAUUAUAUUAUUGUGUGUUAAUUAAUUGCUAACAAAUGAUUGAUAACAUUUUAGAAAUGAUAUAACUAUUGAUUUAUUGUCUUUAUCCCGUUACGUGUUUUCACGUUUCCAUUCAUAUAUUUCUCUUAACAUUUCUGUACA